AUGAAUCUUUCAUUUGGUCCGUCGAGAAGAAGUCGACCUCGAAAACUCAUGACAGGUAGUAAAAAUAAUGUUUUAACCGAUGAUGAAUUUUUGCAUAUGUUAGAAAGUGAUACAUUGUUAUCUUCUGAAGAAGAAUUCGUUGGUGAUUCGGUUAAUGAUUAUUUAGCAAACGAUAAUGAAAGUAAAUAUUGAACAUAAUAAUUAAUAUCAUUUAUUAAUAUAUUGAUAAAUCAACAUAGAUGACAAAAUUACAAAUAGUGAUGACGAAGAUAAAGUCGAUAUUUCUGAUGUAUUGACAAAUUUUACACCGAUUUGGUUGACUGACCCACCUAAUGUGAAUCGUAUUGAAUACACAGCUUUACCAGGUUUGAAGUUUUUACCAGACAGUGAUAAACCUAUUGAUUAUUUUAACUUUUUAUUUACCGAUGAAUUGUUAGAUCUUCUUGUUAAAAAAACUAAUGCUUACUCACUUGAAAUUUUUUUUAAAACCUCUCAUCAAAAUAAUAUCGAAUUACAUCAAUAUUAA